AUGCAUUCUAACGCCGUAUGUGACAUCUGCGACCGCGCAUUGGACACUGACUCCAUUGUCGUAGUCGGCGACUAUAAUCUCCCAUACUUAUCAUGGACGUUCGACGAGGACAUAAACAGUUAUUUGCCUAGUAACGCCUCCACGGAAGCCGAACUUGUGUUCACGGAAACAAUAGCUGCAUCUGGACUCCAUCAAAUCAACACGCUUCGCAACUCGAACAAUAGGAUUCUCGACUUAGCAUUUGUUAACGAUAGUUGCAAUGCCGAAAUCAUCGAGCCACCCUUUCCUCUUUUGAAACUUGACGCUCGUCAUAAACCUUUUGUUCUCCGUAUUCAACUCGACGUGUGUUCUCAGCAAGUUCCUGAUGAUUCUUGUGACGAUCCCGAUUUUGACUUCAAGCGAUGUGACUUCACUGCACUGAACAACCUUCUUUCAGGUGUUGACUGGAACGAAAUCAUUGGCGCAGAGUCAACAAACUGCGCAACGGCAGUAUUCUAUGAAAAAGUUUACGAGAUCCUUCGCGAUAACGUUCCUCGCAAACGAAUAUGUCAAGCACCCAGUUUUAAGCACUCAUGGUGGACGUCGGAGUUGCGACGUCUCCGUAAUAGCGUCCGCAAAGCCCGAAAAGUUUACUUUCGAGAAAAAUCCAGUGACGCGAAAGAAAAGCUUAAGCUUCUUGAAGCGUGCUAUAGUGAGUGUCGAAUAGCAGCUUUUCGCUCUUAUACAGAUCGAAUUGAAUCGAAUUUGAAACAGAAUCCGAAAAGCUUCUGGUCGUAUGUGAAAAGUCGUAAAAGCGGAUCGCAUAUUCCGGAGAAUGUAUCGUAUGGUGACUUAACAGCUACCACCCCUGAAGAAGCGGCUAAUCUGUUCGCAAAUUUCUUCCGAAGCGUGCACAGUGAUGACCCACCAGCAUUCUCUGCAACAGAGUUUGACAACAUUUCGCCGCUAAACGUAAGUUUGCCACCGUUAACCAUCACGCCGAAUGAUGUUCUUUCAGCUCUGAAGAAACUUGACAUCUCCAAAGGCGCUGGUACCGAUCGUUUGCCUCCAACUUUCCUAAAAGAGUGUGCCGAAUCUCUGAUGACUCCGCUCAGCUUCAUCUUCAACCGUUCGCUGAUUGAACGAUCGUUCCCAACUAUGUGGAAGACGGCUUCGAUUACUCCCGUGCAUAAAUCGGGUGGUACUCACAUAGUCGACAACUAUCGUGGAAUUUCCAUCCUUAGCAUAGCAAAAGCAAAAGUUUUCGAAGAUAUUAUUCACGCAGUCCUCUACAAUGCAGCACGCCCGCUUAUAUCUGACGCUCAACAUGGAUUCGUGAUGAAAAGAUCAACUGUCUCGAACCUUAUGUGCUACACAACAUCACUCGUGGAGCAAAUGGACAAGCGUUGCCAGGUGGACUCUAUAUAUUUCGACUUUUCGAAGGCGUUCGACAAGGUGCCUCAUGGUCUUGCCAUUCGAAAGCUUAAUCAUCUGGGACUUCCAAGCUGGAUAACAGAAUGGCUCAGUUCGUACCUGGCUGGAAGAGAAGCAUUUGUGAAAAUUGGAAACGCUCGCUCACGUAUGUAUAGCAUCCCCUCAGGAGUUCCUCAAGGUAGUAUUCUCGGCCCUCUCAUUUUCAUUCUAUUUGUAAAUGACCUCACCGGAUGUCUGAAAUCUGGAAAGCUAUUGUACGCUGACGAUCUUAAAAUGUACAGGACAAUUCACUCAGUUCUCGACUGUUGUGCUUUGCAAGCUGAUAUCGAUGAGCUCACUAGAUGGUGCUCAGCUAACGGAAUGCAGUUGAACAUAACGAAAUGCAAAUCAACUACUUUCACUCGCUGCCAAACUUCCAUCAGUUUCAACUAUAAAAUCGCCUCUAAUAACGUUGAACGCGUCAAUUGCAUCCGUGAUCUCGGUGUCAUCCUAGACAGCAAACUGAAGUUCGACGAGCAUAUCAGCACUACCGCCACGAAAGGGUUCGCAGUACUAGGAUUCAUUCGCCGAAACUCACUAACAUUUCAGGAUCCAUACACGCUGAAGACAUUGUAUUGUUCCCUAGUAAGGAGUAUCGUUGAAUAUGCAAGCUGUGUGUGGUCUCCCUAUCACGCAACGCAAAUGUUACGCAUUGAGAAAGUGCAGAAAAGCUUUAUACGUUACGCGCUACGGGGUCUUCCCUGGAACGAUCCGUCUAACCUCCCCGAUUAUGCAAGCCGCUGUAGACUGAUCGAUAUUGAAACCCUACAGUCAAGGCGAACGAAAACCCAACGCCUGUUUGUGUUUGACAUGUUGACCGGCAACAUGGAUUGUUCAGAGCUGAUACAGAAUGCACGAAUCUACGCUCCAUCUAGACGUCUCCGAGGCAGACAACUCCUAGCGAUCCCUCCAUGCAGGACCACCUACGGUCAAAACAGUCCUCUACUUAAAUGUUUCCGAAGAGCUACGGUCAUUCGAAAAAAAAGCUGCCAGUUCGGGCAAGACGGACGCAUUAAGAUGCCUACAAAUUACAAGCGCAAGAGUAACCGGCAGUCAUGGACCGCUCAGCAGUUGGAACAAGCCAUUAAGGCUGUAAAAAGUGGAUCGCCGGUGAAGACAGCAGCAAGAAGUUACGCAAUUCCAAGAUCCACACUGAUUCGCCACCUCACAAGUCCAACUGUAUCAACUCGGCUAGGACCUCUUGAUUCCGUAUUCAAUUCUCAACAAGAAGAGGAGCUGGUACAACAUCUGUUGGAUUUGGAAAAGAGGUUCUAUGGAAUAACGAUGACUAUUGUUCGAAAGCUUGCUUUUGAUCUGGCCGAAAAAAAUGGAUUGCCACACCCGUUCAACAAGUCUACCAAGAUGGCUAGAAAAGCUUGGCUAAGCAAUUUUCUGAAACGAAAUCCCAAAUUGUCGUUCCGUAAACCUGAAGCUACCUCUGCCGCCCGAGCCAGAGGCUUCAAUAAGCCAGCAGUAUCUGCGUUUUACGAUUGGCUGGAAGAAGCGCUGAAAGAUCCCAAAUUGACGCCAGAUCGUGUUUUGAACCGAUGA